AUGCUCCAAGCAAAGCAUAUCCUCGUGCUUGGUGGAACUGGUCCAUCUGGCACUGAUUUCACCGACUUGGUCUUGUCCGACCCCAGUGGGGCGAAAAUCACUCUCUACGUACGGACGCCUUCCAAGCUUCCGAGCGAGUAUCGAGAGGCUGCCGACCCGUCACGUCUGCGAAUCGUGGUGGGCGAGCUGGACGACCAAGCCACCCUGGAGAGGGCAUUGACCGAGCCAACCGUUCCAAUCGACGUGGUGGUCUCAUUCCUGGGACCUUAUGCAUCCCUCAAGGCCUUCCUGCUGCGGACCAGCUCAACCCCUCUAGCAGACAAAAUUCCCACCGUCCUGGCGGCCAUGAAGCACGCCGGCGUCCGGCGCAUCCUCGCCAUCUCAUCGCCCGCGUGGCUCGUGCAAGCCGAGAGUGACGACAAGGCUACACACCCUCACGAGUCUUCCGACCAGAUGUCCUGGGGCUGGUGGCUAGCCAUGCGCUUCGUGGCGUUUAUCCUGCCGCAGGGCUCCGUGGAGAUGGAGCAGAUUGGCCGCCGCGUCGCGGAGGAAGGAAUGCACGGCGGCUGGGGCCUGAAGUGGACGGUCUUCCGGAUCCCUCGUCUCAACAACGGCCCGGACGACCUGGAAGUGUGUGCCGGAUAUCUCGGGCAAGAUUUCAACGGCUCUAAGGAAUUGAGCCGCAAGAGCAUGGCCCGGUGGCUGGUCGGCGAAUUGGCGGCUGGCGAGUGGAUUGACAAAGCACCCGUCGUCUCAAAUCGCCGCUGA